AUGGGUCCCGGUCGGCGCAUGAAGAAGCAAGGUCCUCCAGCCACUCUUGAAGAGCUCGGCCUCAACCUGAAAAGAAAGUCUGGCAAUCCUGCGACUAAAGAGCCCGCCGCAAAGAAGCGGAGAAAGUCUUCCGACGAUGUUCAAGAGCCGGUGAAGAAGCUGGUCAAGCUAGACCGCGCCUUGAGACAAGAUCAUAAAUCGAGUGCCCCAGCGGAGUCAGUACAAGAGAAGACCAAGACUAAGACCAAGAGUAAGAAGAAGGCCAAGAUCACUAACAGCGACGCUCAAAUAACCGUUCCCCCUCGCAUUGCCUUCGACCCAGAACUCGAGGUGGAUGAUGACGACGAAGACGGCUCUGUUGCAGGUAUACCCCUGGACGAGGCUUCCCUGUCAGAGAUCGAUGAUGACGAGCUUGAAGCCGAGCUGGAAAAGGAAGAAGUUUCAGAUGAUUCGGUCUUUGACUCGGAUCCGGACGAGCAACCACGACGAAUGUUCUCGGAUGAUGAAGAUGAAUCCGACGCCGAGGCCAAGCUGACUGCGGCAAACAUUGAAGGGUUGUCGAGGAAGCUCGAUGCUCAACAGGCCCUGGUGGAGGAGGAAGCCCGACAAGAACUGGAGGACGCGGCCUUGCAGACAAACAUAGCCAAGGACGACGGUGUUCUUGACUCUGCCGCUGCACAGGGUCUCGCCCCAGAUCUGGCGGUGGUCCGGUCUCGAAUGACAGAGACAAUCCGCAUCCUGGGCGACUUCACCAAGUUGGCAGACAAGGACAAAUCCCGGACUGAUUAUACGACGCAACUCCUUUCCGACAUUUGCACCUACUACGGCUACACACCCUACCUGGCCGAAAAACUGUUCUCACUGUUUACCCCCGCUGAAGCAUUCGCCUUUUUCGAAGCCAAUGAAACCCCUCGUCCUGUCGUGCUACGAACAAACACCCUCCGAACAAAUCGUCGGACGCUCGCACAGGCACUGAUCAACCGAGGUGUCGUGCUGGAACCCGUCGGGAAAUGGUCCAAAGUUGGAUUGCAAGUAUUUGAAGCACCAGUCCCUCUCGGAGCUACUCCUGAGUACCUCGCUGGUCACUACAUUCUGCAAGCAGCAUCCUCUUUCCUCCCAGUCAUGGCGCUUGCCCCGCAACCGAACGAGCGUGUGCUCGACAUGGCCGCCGCUCCCGGCGGGAAGACCACUUAUAUCUCGGCGCUGAUGCGCAAUACCGGGGCCGUAUUCGCCAACGACGCCAACCGCCAGCGUGCAAAGGGUUUGAUCGGCAACAUUCAUCGCCUCGGGUGUAAGAACACGAUCGUCUGCCACUACGAUGCGCAGAAAGCGUUCCCCAAGAUCUUGGGCGGGUUCGACCGUGUUCUUCUGGACGCGCCCUGCUCAGGCACGGGCGUCAUCGGAAAAGAUCCCAGCGUCAAGACAUCGAAGAACGAGCGUGACUUCCUCGCCCUCCCGCACAUGCAGAAGCAACUGCUUCUCGCGGCGAUCGAUUCGACCGACCACACCAGCAAGAGCGGCGGCUACAUUGUCUACUCGACGUGUUCAGUGACGGUCGAGGAGAACGAGGGCGUCGUCAACUACGUCCUGCGAAAACGACCGAACGUCAAACUCGUCGACACGGGUCUCGGGACGUUCGGCACCCCCGGUUUCAAGAGCUACAUGAACAAGAGGUUCGACAACAAGAUGGAGCUCACGAGGCGAUAUUUCCCGCACCGGGAGAACGUCGACGGCUUCUUUGUUUGCAAGUUGAAGAAGACGGGCCCGACGCCCAAGCAGACAGGCCAGGUCAACGGUACGGCACCCACUUCGCAGCCUGAGACCCCGGUGGCCAACGGUGAGAUGAAGUCGAUGGCUGCUGGCGGCGACACAGACAAGGAGAGCAGCGCCGUGGCCUCGGCCUUGAGCGAUGACUUUGGGGGCUUUGACGACGGGGAAGAUGCCGAGUUCAUUCAGCGCGCCGAGAAGAAGUGGAGGAAGGCCAAAGGGCUGGAUCCGCGUGUGAGCGGUAGGCACGAAGGGUCGAAGGGAGGGCGAGCGAAGCAGGGAGAGGAAGCAAAUGGGUCAGGGAAAGGAAACCGAAUCGGGGAAGGGUCAAAGCCACUGCUCAAAGGGGCAGAGAAAUCGAAGAAGAAAUGA